AUGUCCUGCAAAAAUCUCAUCAGCAGAUACUACCCCGGUUUUGGGGAAUCACAAGCGUUGUCACUAUGUAAAUUUCAAAUAACACUACAGCAUUUUUUAUAUGGAGUCAUUGCCUACGAGUCACAUAUAUCUAUCGCCAGUUUUCUCAUAAAUUUAUUUCAUUUUUUCAUCUUAACACGAAAGACAAUGAGGAGCUCUUCUGUGAAUAUAAUUAUGGCAGCGGUUGCGAUUUUUGAUAUUUUAUCGCUAUCAGUUCAAUUGAAAGUGGUAAUCAUCCGGUGUAUAACUUCAAUUUCUUGUUGUUCUCUUUUGAACUCAUAUGGAUCAAUUUUGAUUGACAUGUACAUCUACAAGCUUAAGGAUUAUUCUCGCAGAUGUUCCACGUGGCUGUGUUUCUCAAUUGCAUUAAUUCGAAUUCUAGUAAUUCGAUAUCCUUUUUCACGGAAACUUGAAAAAUUAUCCCUUCCAAAAUCCUCCCUGUUUGUGAUUCUUAGUGUUUCACUGGGAAGCCUUCCAAUCAAUAUUUUAAAUGCAUUUGAAAAUGAAAUUCGACCACAAAACAAACAAUUUCCAUGUUUCCCAAAUGAUACAACAUCAUACGCACUGGUUUAUACGGACUUUUUCACAAAAAAUAAUGGGUUCCUCGUCAAGAUUUCCACAGCCAGCAAUACAACAGCGUCGUUGAUUAUCCCUUGUGUGCUCUUCCCGAUCGUCACAUUUUUCCUCGUAUUGGAAUUCCGGAAAAAAAAGUCUCGGAGUAUUUUGUCAUCAUCUAAAGAAGACACAAAUUCUCGAACUACUAAGCUAGUGGUCUAUAUAACAGUUUUCUUUUUAAUUGCCGAGUUUCCUUUUGGCGUGACACAAGCUGCAAUGUGGCUAUACAGUGAUGCAUUAGGGAUCAGGCUAUUUAUAACCACCGUGAACAGUUUUUUCUCAAUGAUUUUUGCCGCGAACACGAUGUCUCAUUUUUUCAUUUGCAUGUUCAUGUCAUCACAAUACCGGGAGACUGUUAAAUAUUUGAUUUCAUGCGGGUAUCUUUCUCAGAAAGUUCGAGUUGGGGUUGUCAGUACUACUAGCAACAGUUCACAAAGAAGAAUAUCAACAGCAAAACAUCUAUAG